AAACUCCAAUGAAAUCCCAUCCGGAUCCAUGCCAAGAACCUUGGAUGUUAUUUUAAGAGGUGAAAUUGUCGAAAGAGCCAAACCUGGUGAUAAGUGUAAAUUCACCGGUUGUGAAAUAGUCAUUCCUGAUGUCUCCCAAUUAGGAUUACCUGGGGUCAAGCCUCAAUCAGUUAAAGAGUCUCGUUCUGGUUCCUCGGAAUUGAAUUCAGGUGUUUCUGGAUUGAAAUCUUUGGGUGUCCGUGAUUUGACUUACAAAUUAGCGUUCCAUGCUUCCCAUGUGACAUCUUUGGUCAACAAGGUUGGUCAAGAUGAUAGCAAUCCUAAUUCCACCACUGAGGUAGAAAACAAUGACCAAGAAGUCUUUUUAACCUCUUUAAGUGACUCUGAGGUUUCUCAAUUGAAAGAAAUGGUCAAAGAUGAGCAUAUUUACGACAAGUUGGUUCAAUCCGUUGCACCUGCAGUAUUUGGGCACGAAGUUAUCAAGAAGGGUAUCCUUUUACAAUUAUUAGGUGGUGUUCACAAGAAAACCAUUGAUGGAAUUAACUUGCGUGGGGAUAUCAAUAUUUGUAUUGUGGGUGAUCCAUCCACUUCUAAAUCUCAAUUUUUGAAAUAUGUAUGUGGAUUCUCUCCUCGUGCAGUUUACACUUCUGGUAAGGCUUCCUCGGCUGCUGGUUUGACUGCGGCUGUGGUUAGAGAUGAAGAGAGUGGUGAGUAUACCAUUGAAGCUGGGGCCUUGAUGUUGGCUGAUAAUGGUAUUUGUGCCAUUGAUGAAUUCGACAAGAUGGAUAUUGCCGAUCAAGUUGCCAUUCAUGAAGCUAUGGAACAACAAACUAUUUCCAUUGCCAAGGCCGGUAUUCAUGCUACUUUAAAUGCUAGAACCUCGAUUUUGGCUGCUGCUAAUCCAAUUGGAGGUAGAUAUAAUAGAAAGAUUGGUCUUCGUUCAAACUUGAACAUGACUGCUCCUAUCAUGUCCAGAUUUGAUUUAUUUUUUGUCAUUUUGGAUGAUUGUAAUGAAAGAAUUGAUACUCAGUUGGCCUCCCACAUUGUUGAUUUGCAUAUGCUUAGAGAUGAAGCUAUAGAUCCACCAUAUUCCGCCGAACAAUUAUCAAGAUAUAUCAAAUAUGCCAAGACAUUCAAACCUAAGAUGACUAAAGAAGCUCGUGAUUUCUUGGUUACAAGGUAUAAGGAAUUAAGAGAAGAUGAUGCCCAAGGCUUGGGAAGAUCUUCUUACAGAAUCACAGUUAGACAAUUGGAAUCUAUGAUUAGAUUGUCGGAAGCUAUUGCUAGAGCCAACUGUACAGAAGAAAUCACUCCUAGUUUUGUUGCAGAAGCCUAUGAUUUGUUGAAGCAAUCUAUCAUCAGAGUAGAAAUGGACGAUAUUGAAGUUGAAGACGAUGAUGAAGAGCAAGAUGUCGAUGUUGAUGCUGAGGCAUCUCAACAACCUCAACCAUCUCAAACGCAAUCGGAACCAGAAGCUCCUUCUCAUCCAAGAGAAACUGUCUCCAUCACCUAUGAUAAAUAUGUGGCCAUGAUGAAUUUAUUAGUCAAGAAGAUUUCCGAGGAUGAAAAUAAUGGUCAAGACGAAGGAAUUACAGCCGACGACUUAAUUGAAUGGUACUUGCUUCAACGAGAACAUGAUAUAGAAAGUGAACAAGAAUACUUGCAAGAAAGAAAGUUGGCAUAUAAGGUAUUGAAGCGUUUGGUGAAGGAUAGAAUUUUGAUGACUGUAUCUCAUAAUGAAGAUGAAUCUGAUCCAAGCAACGUCAAGACUGUUUACAUCAUUCACCCCAACUGUGCCAUUUUGGAUUUCUUUGAUCAAACUGGGGCUGCUAUACAACAGCAAGAUGACUCUAGUAUGCAAGAAGAUUAAGUCCUCUUGUCUGGGUAAUUUUCUUCAAGUUUAUGUAUUACUAUAUUGUUUUAGAAUUGUUUAUAUAUAUAAUUUCAACUUUUUCUUGUACGUUUAUGCGCAGGCUCCACUUUCAUUGUUGGUUCUUCUGCACUGGUUUUCCGUUUAGAUUCACCUUCAGUCGACUCUGAUUGGCUUGUGAAAAAGGCACUGGCGGCUUCCUUUUCCUCGGUGCUUAUUCUUGACAAUUCAUAUAAGUUGUUGGAGCGAGCUGCAAGCGCCUGGUAAGCCUGUUGUUGCGUCGUUCUGUCUGAUUCCUGGUCUCUGCCGGUGUCACCAGUAUCUCCUGCCUUUUUCCAUUCUGCUGGAGUUAUAUGCUGGGCACAAUCCCAACAGUGAUCAAUGAAUAUCUUGGAAUUAGGAAACAUUUUCUGACAAGCACGACACCAGCCAGGGUCUUCCUUCUUGGUAGGCAAAACCAUAGCACCGCCUGUGCUUCCAACCAUUGGCCCAGGAGCAGGUGGUACCAUCUGGUGUUUAUCCUUGACAUAAUGUACUAACCGCAAAUGUCUCUUGAGAACGUCCAAUCGGUUGAAGGCACCACCGUUACGGUGGCAGGUUGGAUCGUUUCUAUAGUAAGGACAUUGAUAGAUCGGAGGUGCGUGGGACUUGAGAUGUCUUUUCAAGUCUGAUUUCCGUUCAAAAGACCAAGUACAUCCUUCGAAUGUACAUGUAUGAGGGCGGGUGGCUGGCGCUGAACCUGGAGUGGAUUGUGAAGUUAAUGGAGAUUUAGCAACGGAGAAUUUCUUUAUGUUGUAAUCGUCAACACGAACUUUAGGCCUACCUGAUUUGAAAAAAUAAUUUGUCUCAUUGGAGUUCACCUGAUGGGUUGUAUCUUGUAUGAUUUGUAAUGGUGGUGGUGGUUGCUGUUGACCCCCUGGAUAUUUUGAGGAAAAAGUCACAUAAGGGUUGAACUCGGAUUGGGUGUUUGUAGGGAUGGUGCUCCCGGCGUUCUUCUUGACUGUAAUUGGAGGUAACAUGUGAGUAUUGCUAGCUACUGUGGGGUUACUCAACGGCGGAAUUGAAGGACUACUAGCGUCUGUGGAUGAUUCACCAGAACCACCUUUAGUUUGCUCCUUAGCUGAUGUUUCUUCUUUCUUUGGGCGAGAUGUUUUCUCGUUUAAACUAUCAUUGAUACCGUCAUCGUGAGCAUCCUUAGCUUCUGUUGGCUUAGCUUUCGAAUUGGGCUUUGUCAUAUUUUUUUGCACUUUGUAAAUAUUACAGCUCUGGUUGUAAAGGAUACCAGAUGAGCC